UUAUCGGGAAAUUAAAACGAGGCUGUGUUCAUCUGAUUCCGCAAUGGCGUCGAAAAGUAGUUGGAGUUGUGGACAGGGUUUUAUUGAUUAGCUUUUAGAGGAUUGAUGAUGGAAGCCUCUCAAGAUGAAGUGGAUGGACAAAAUUUUGUCCAAAUUAAUGAAACAAAUGCUAACUCAAAUUCAGUAGAGAAUUCUACUCAUAAUUAUAUGGAUGAUGACAACAAUGUUCCAAGCAUGCAUCCUCCCUCACCAAAAGAAAAUAGCUUUGGAAAAUUGGAGAGAAUAAAUUCAAGAAACAUAUUUGAAGACUUGCUAGUAGAAAGUUCAACCAGUGGUGAAGAGGUUCAACAUCAGACUUGUCCAAUCAAUGAAGAUUCCAAAAAAGUGAAUGAUAAAUCAAUUUCACAACAAAGUGUGUUAAGUCUGAAAAAAGUCUGUACUUUAGGGGCCAGACAGUGUUCAAAAGAAAGCAACCAGAAGUUUAAGAAUACCAAAGACAACACCAAUUUAUCUGAUGAAGACCUACCUUCUGAUGUAGUCAACAAACAUGAUGAUUUGAUUCAUGUUACAAAUGAGACAGACAACCCAGUACUAGUAACAAAUGAGGAAGGAACCACAGAAGCAAUAGACAAAGAAGUUGAAAAGGAGGAUAGAACAAAUGAAGAGAUUGGCAGCAAAGAAAAGGAAAAGGAAGGAGUAAUUAAAGUAACUGAUAGCCAAGAAAAAAUGGAGGAUGGGACUACAAUGGAAACAGACAACCAAGAAAGAAAAGAGGGAGAAACUUUAGACAGUACAAAUAACUUACAGGAGAGGGAGGAAGGAACAUCAGAAAAUUCAAAUGAUCUAGAAGAAGAGAAGGAAGGUAGUAAAGAAGAAACAGAGAUCCAAGUUAGGAUGUUGGAUGAAGCUUCUUCAGAGACAAUGAACCAAGUUGGGAAGGAAAAUGGAUCUACCAAAGAGAGAGACAAGCAAGAAGUGAAGGAAGAAGAAACUGUAGAGACUAGCAAGAUACUUUCUGCUUCUGAGGAAACAUCAAAUGAGACACCUAAAAAGUCUUCCUCUAAACAAGUCAAUAAUGACAAUACUGAAGUAGAUUUAGAAAAACAGGAUAAAUUACCAGAAGAUACUGACAAUGAGGAUAAAAGAAACCAAUCUGACACCAUUGAAAAUGAAACAACACAUUCAGUUGGGGACAAAAUAAAAUUACUUGAGCAGAUUGAAGAUAAAACUACAAAACCAGAAAGUCAAAAUGAUACUGUAGAUCUAGAUUGUGAGGAAUCAGAAAACCUAGUGAUUGAUAUCCAAGAGAAUAGUUAUGAAUCAAAUGUAGAAAAUAGUGUAGGAAAAAAGAAUGUCGAUCUAAGUUCUGCAGAGGCAAAGGAAGAAAAAUAUAAUCAAUUAGGGAAAUUGAUAGAGGAAUCUAAGGAACAAAAAUUGCCUGAAGCUGUAGAUAUACAGGAGAAUACUGAUUCUAUACAUGGAGAAAAUCUUGUUCGGAAUUCUAAUGAUGUCAAUACUGAUGCUGUUAAGCAGAAAGAACCUGAGCGAAGGGAUAACCAAAGUGUUUUUGAGGAUGGUGUUGAAGAAAUACAAACUCUAUUACAAGAAUUUGUGAAUUCAUCAAGUAAACCUGUAGUCAUAUCAGACAAUAGCAAGGCAUCAUUGGCUGGAACUGAAUCACAGAUAGAUUCAUCACAAAAAGGAUCAACAACGGAAGCAGCCUGGUCUACAGUUGGAUUAGAUAGAUGUUCUUAUUGUCUGUUCACAACUGAUCAGAAGGAAUUGCUUGAAACCCAUAUGUCAUCUUGCUCAAGAAAAAAUACCAAAAAAGAAGAAAUUUUCCUGGUGUAUUCAAGUAACAACAAAUAUGGAUGCAAAAAUUGUCUUUUCAUGUCAGCUCAAAAAAAGAAAUUCGAAGAGCAUGUUGCCUUUCAUAUUCUUUCAGACCCUUACAUUUGUCUCACUUGUAUGGUCACAUAUGAUUCAAAGAAGGAAAUAGAAAAACAUGUUAAACAAGUACAUUCCAACAAAGUGGUGAAGUGUGGCUUAAGAGGAUCAAAGAAAAUUAACAAAAUUAUUGAAGAGCUGCAUAGUAAAAAGGAAGUAACCUUUAUUGGAAGAAAGGUUGAAAAGAAAGCAUUGUUGCCCAUGAUUGAUCAGAAGGAAAAACCUGCUCAAAACUUUUCCAUUACAACAGUAGGAUCUGAAGGGUCAUUACCAGUUACUGUUGAAGCAUAUAAUUCCAAAAUUGCAAAGAACAGACAGUUUAAAUUUGGACAGGAUAAUGGAUCUCAGAUAACCACUAAGCCCAACACAACUACCAUUUUAUCAGUUCCAAGUAUUCCUAAAUUUACACAGAGUGUAAGUUCAAUUCAACCAAAAACAUUUUCAGCACGUGCAAAUGCUCCUAUAUUUUCACUUGCAGGAUCAGUUUCCAGUUCAAGCAUGCCAGUAAUAGCGUCUUCAGUCCACCAAGCAGUUCUUGCUCAGCCACUAACAUUUCCUGGACAAGCAGCUGUCCAAGGUCCAGUCCUAUGUACUGUUAGUAGUCAGUCACAGCCAAUGAUUCUUGUUCCAGUUCAGCAAAUUCAAACAAGGGGCGUCCUUGCUGGACCAUUUCAGAUAAAAGCAGGACAAGCAGGGUCCCAAAUUUUGCCAGUCUCAAAGUCGCAGUUUGUUAAUAUCAGCCCAGCACCCCCAAAACCAAUUUCUGCAACUGCAGGCACCCAAGCUCAAAGAGUAAUUGUUGUUAAUACUGGAAGUUCAUUAACAACAAGUACUGCCCAAAUCAAUAGCAAUAACCAAUUAAGCCAAACCAGGAAUACCAUUCCAACAACCGUUAACAUGAUUGGCAUGCAACCUGUCAGUUUAAAAUUGAAGCAGCAAGUGGAUUCUUCAGCUGGGGAUGCUAAUGGAAAAUCUGCUAUUAUAAAACUUACAGUUAACCAUGGUGAGAGUGCAACAAAACCUGAAAAUCAGCUGAUCUUCAAAAAAACUGGAUCUGUAUAUUUUUGUCAUACAUGCAGUUACAAAUCAGAUUUUGAGGAAAACUUUGUAAAGCACAUAUGGGAGCAUAUGCACAUAAAAAAUAUGUGUGCAGUUCAAGAACAUCAAAUAUACAAGCAAAACGUGCAAUGCAAUAUUGUUACAAAAAUAAUGGAUAAUUUAAAAUGUGCAGCUGCUGAGGCCGAGAAAAAACAGAAAACACCAUUAGAAUCCAAAAAUACCAUACCAGAGCAGAUUGUCCUCAGUUCUGAUGAAGAGGAAGAUGUUUCAAAGCAACAGCCAGCUUCAGCAAGUAAUGAAGAAUUGGAUUUGAAUGCCAGUGCAAAUGAUCUUCAAAUUAGAAUAACAAGUACAUUCAGUUUGAGAGAAUCUGAUAAUUUUUCAGACUUUACAGCUACAGAAACAAAGGAUACAAAUGAGAGUGCAAAAUACAUUGAUGAUAUGAAUCCUGUAAUUGAAGGAAAAGAAAAUGAAAUGAUUCCAGAGAAAGAAAUGUUUAGGGAGCUAUCGCCUGAUAGAGAGAGCAAUGUAGGAGAAGUAGAAGAAAUUAAUGAUUUGGUAGCAGAAAAUAAAAAAGGCACUGAAUCUGAAAUUGCAGGCAAUAUUGCAUCUAGUGAGGAUAGCAACAGUAGAUUUGAAAAAUAUCCACAAUCUGUUUCUGAAAAUACUGAAUUGGACCUUAAUUUCUCUGAGGGAUCCACUUCUUCAAAUUUGAGAGAAAACAGUGAUUCAUCAAAUAAAAUAGAUGAACAGAGUGAUUCAUCUAAUGGAAAAGAUAAAGAAUCACCAAAGACUGAAGAAAACAAAGGAAUUUCUUUGAAAUUUUACCAGUGUGGAUUUGAGAGCUGUGGAUUUGCAGUGUCCACUUCAACUGAAUUUAGGGAGCAUAUUUCUCAUAUACAUUCAGGAGCAAAAGAAUUCAAAUGUGCACAUUGUGGUCAUAAAAGCUUCACGGAAGAAUGCCAUUUUCGACACAUAUCUUGCCAUGCAAAAAACCAAUCAGGAUUGUUGUUUAAAUGUGCAGACGGUUGCAAAUUUGCGUCAAAUAUCUUGAAACAUUUUAAUGAACACUUGGAAACGGUACAUCCAGCGUUGAAUUCAUAUAAGUGUUCCUCAUGUCAAGAGGUGUUUGAAAAAAUAAAUGGACUUAUUAACCACUGUGAAACUAACAAAUUGCAAUUUGUAUUGUGUCCUUAUUGUACCAUGCGUGAUCCAAAUAGAAGGGUUAUUUUGAAACAUAUUUCAACAUCUCAUCCAGGGAAACCAAGACAGAUAACUGUCACAGCACAACUUGUAUGCCAAGAAAGAGAAAUGAAUUCAUUCUUGGCCCCAAAAGCCAAAGCUGUCUCUCCUGGGCCAUUAUCAGAAGAGAGAAAGGGAUUACUGAAUAGAGUGGAUGACUUACCAGUUGAAUUGGACAAUAUUAAAGUUGAAAAGAACGACAGUAUUGAAGAGGAAAAUGUAACAAAUCAACAAAACGAAUCAGAAUAUCAUUGCUCAGAAAGAGAUAGUCCAUAUUUAGAUGUCGUUUCCAUUGCUGGAGACGGACAGACUAAUGAAAAAACGGGUUACAAACUUGGAAUUGGAGCAUUAAUACGAUGUAACAGGUGUUCUUAUCUUGCUGGAAGUAAUUUACUUUUAAAGAAACAUAGAGUCCAACAUGCCAGGGGGAAUGACAGAAGUAGGCCUUUCUGUUGUCCUGUCUGUCCUACUUCAAGUGAUUCAAUUAUGAAAUUUGAAAAACAUAUCAAUCUUCAUGAAGGUGACCAUGAAAUUAAAAUGUUUAUGUGUGAGCUGUGUAAUUACCAAACUAAUGUCUCUGACAAGAUCAAAUUUCAUCUUCAAAAAAGUCACAAAGGAUUUGACCCGAGACAAGGUUACAGAACUAGAAUGUUGAGAGUUUCGGUAACAGUGUACGCCUGUGAAAUUUGCCAGAACUUGUACAAGUCUAGAAAGGAAUAUGUAGCACACAUGUCAAAGCAUGGGGUGAAAGUGAAACCUCUUUCAAUUGACAAACAUCAUUGUGAUUGCUGUUCCUUUAGUUGUGACAAUUUGGCUAGCUUGAUUGAACACACAAGAAUACAUUUACUAGUUACAAAUUCAUCACCAGCUGAUGAAGUGAAACAACAGAAAGUCAAACAAUACUCUGGUCCAAAAAAACCAUUUUACAUUCCUCCAGGAAAUGUUUUCAAAGACUUCAUAUCAUGUAGCGAGUGUCCGUUUAAAACCAAAACAAGGCUUGACCUGUUGCGUCAUAUUAAAAGUCACCAACAUUUGGAGCCAAAAAUGAAAAAAAUGCAGAAAAAAGAUGCAAAUCCUCAAGAAAGAACAACAAGAGAACUUGUAAAAUUUCAGUUUGGAAAAAGAAAACAUUCCUCUGACAACGAAAGUAGUAAACGCAAAAGGGAGAUUAAUUCUGAAAGUGAAGAAGAAACUUAUGAUGACCAUGAUUUCCCAGUUCCAAAAAGAAAACAGGUGGCCAUGAAGUCUACAAGUGGAGCUAAAAGUAUUAAACAGUCACAUUCAUACUUUCUGGGUGGUGACAUUCUUCACAAAAAAUUACAACCUUGCUUUACAAAGGAGGAAGAUGAGCCGAUGUUCCAAUGUGUGAUGUGUAAAGAUGUGUUUGAGGACAAAUAUAGUCUUCACAAGCACAUUUUGGACCACAUGGAUGUUUCUUUUUACAAGUGCAGCUAUUGUGAAAAUGGAGAACUUGAAAUAUCUUCAAUGGUUUCACACAUACAGAAAAUGCAUCGCAAACCAAUAAAGCACACACGUGUUACAAUGGAAAUCAUAGAAGAUGAUAUCAAUAGAGCGAUUCAUGCAUUGAAAGCGAAGCAACAUUGGGGAGAACCUGACUCUUCUCUUCCGGAUAUAAAACCUAAUGUACUUGACCAGAAAGCUUUUUCUCCUUACGUUGAGCAGAACAUCAACUCUCCUACUGUCUUGACAAAUAUACAAAGUUCAAUCAUUCUGAAUCAACCAAAAUUGACAUCAACUCCAGAGAAAAACAAACUACCAGAGUGUGUCAUUCCUUUUGGUUCUAGCUACAAGUGCAUUGUUUGCAAUCAACAAGCUAUCCAGUCCUACAUUUUGGUCAGGCAUGCCAUGACACAUUGUUCCUUAAAAAGGUUUGUGUGUCCAUACUGUGACAAGCGGUCUCACUACAAAUCUGACGUAUGCAAGCACAUUCAUAUGAAACACAAAGGUAACAAAGUUUUUGUGGCAUACGACAAAACCAAUCUGGAAGUAGAUGCUCAGUAUAUUGCCCCUCCUAUUAAGGAACAAAUUUUGAAUGCCCCUGAUAAUGACUUGCAGAAUAAGUCUACAAUAAGAGAUGACGUUGAAGAAAAUGUUGAUGAUGUUAUAGUGAAAAGGGAACCUGAGACAGACACUCAAGUAAUUGAAGGUAGUGACAAAAAAGGGAAGAAGGUAGUUGUUGGAUUUAGAUCAGUAUACAAAUGUCUUCUUUGCAAAACAACGUUUAAAGGAAAAGGUAAAAUUUAUAAACACAUACGGGAAACAAAAUGUAAACGUCCUUUAUGGCGUUGUUCUGCUUGCAAAACAAGGAAGUUUAGAAGCGACAAAGAAAAAGUAAUCAAAGACCAUGUUAAGGAAGUACAUCAACUUGCCAAAGAUGCCAAACCUGUGCUUUGUGCUAUAAAUGGAAAAGUUCGAAAACAUACCUAUCCAAUAACAGUUCUUAAGAAUGCAGGAACAAAUGACACAAGGAACACUACUGAAUUCGGUAGUGAAGAGACAAUCAAAGAAAGAGAAUUGAGUGGGGCCAUUGCAACGGUUUUAAAAAAGGGUGAUUUAUGGAAAUGUUCAAACUGUCCAUACUUAACGAAUUCCCGAGCAAACUGCGUUCGCCAUACAUUCACCCAUUCUAUUUUUAAAAAAUUCGGUUGUCCAGUUUGUUCAUUUAGGGCAAAAUGUAGUCGAAGUAUCAAAAACCACUUGAGAAACUGUCAUCCACGGGAGAGAAUAAGAUUUAAGAUAUACACAGAAGUAAAUAACUCUCCCAAGAAACCUCUUGAAAGUCAGAAAGUCAAGGAGGAAAAAGUUGCCAUGACGCCUGAACAGUCUGUGUCUUUCCAGUGCUUUGAUUGUGGAUUGGUUUCUGAAAGGAAAUCAAGCAUGUCUAAGCAUAUAAAUGCUAAGUGCUGUACACCUCUGAAAGGUUGUUCUGAAUGUGAAUAUAUGACCAUUAAAAAGGAUGAAAUAGCAGAUCAUUUAAAACAAUGUCACAAAUCAGCAACAUCAACUGAUUUGCCUUUAAGUGAAAAAAUAAUAACAGUUAAUCCAAAUGAUGAACCAAAGUCACCGGUGAAGGCUGAGAAAAAGUCAAAACUAUUUUCGUUGAAAGUUAAGCCACUAAUCAAAUCCCCGAUAUCAAAACCCCUAUCAAAUGAAAUGAAAAUGUGGAGCGAGGAAAAUGAAGAACAAAGUAUAGACUGCCCUGAGUGCAAUGAAACUUUCUUUGAGUUAAGAACAUUUAGAGACCAUUUUGUAAACAAACACCAUGGCAAGAAGAUGUUAUGUGGGGAGUGCGAAGAAUAUGCUGCACAUCUUCCUUCUCUGAUAUUUAGGCAUGCAAGACUCUUUCACAACCAAACAAAAUUGGAAGAUAUCAAGAUCAAAGCUGUUUCACAGAAAACAAUUGAAGAAAAAGGACUUGAUCAGCGUUUAGUUAUUUUGUAUAGAUGUCCAAAAUGUGGGAAAAUCUCAAGAAGAUGUUCGCUUAAAAAACACAUUUACACCCAUUACAAUUACAAGCCGUAUCAGUGCAACCACUGUGUUUUCAAAUGCAGGAUACCAAAGAAUAUCAAAAGCCACAUUUCAAAAAUUCACCCAGGUAAACCUAUGACUGAUUUUACGUUUCGCAAGAACCUAAAACUGGAAAAAGAAAUAUCAGACAUUUUGGAGUCGAGCAGAUAUCAAACACUGUCAAGGAAAUCACAGCUGAAUGCAUCUUUGGGAAAGAAUCAAACAUCUACAUCUGAGAGAAUCGUACCAAGCAGGAAAAUGAAAAAAGAAGGACAUGAAUCGGAUGAAGAUGAGGAAGAAGAAAAGGAUGAUGAAGAGGAAGAGCCAGAAGAAGAAGAAGAAUCUGAGGAGGAAGAUGGAGAACCUCGGGGUGAUUUGAAGAAUAUGUUUAGUCCAUGUCACAAUUACAAGGUGGAAUUCGACGACCGUCGACAGAAAACUAUCUACAAAUGCAGCAUCUGUCCUUACCAAAGCACUGUGAACAAAACUAUGGUUACUCACUUUUAUCAUCAUGUACCACAUGUUUUCAAGUGUCCUUAUUGUGAUUUCCAAGGCUAUCCUAGAUCAAAAAUUGCAAACCAUAUAGUGAAGCUUCAUCCAGGCAAAGCUGUUCAUGUUGUUGAUUUAAGGCAACGUAUGGGAAAUUUGAAGUUUCGAAAUUAUGAAAUUAGGACACAUUCAUCUAAAUCCAAGCAGAAACCUAAGAAAAAUAUGCCUAACAUGGCAAGGGAAACACGUUGCUUAAAUGAAAGUCGGGCAACAGUUUUUCGCAAAAGAAAAAGAGAUCAAGAAGGAACAGAAGCAUCAAAAGAAUCAGGUAAACUUGUGUACAGCUGUAACUACUGUAAUCACAAGGCUAAUGGGCUGUAUCACUAUCGACAACAUUUGGCAAGCCAUAAUGGCUUCAAACAUCUUGUUCCAGGAACACAGAUAGAGUCGAGAUUGAAAUGCGGCUAUUGCUCUUAUCUUGCUGUCGAUGAUGAUGACUUCAAAUCUCACAUGGAAUAUCAUUUUGCAACACGCCCAUUUUCCUGUCCGUACUGCAACUUUUCACAGUAUAGGGCAAGUGGGAUAACAAAUCACAUCAAACGCUCUCAUCCAGGAAAAGCAGUUGACGUGGUUAAAGAAAGUGACAGUAGUUGUCAUAUCGGUCAUGAAUUUGAUGCUAAAGCAAUGAUUGUGGAUUUCGAACCAAACGUGAAACUUAUGGACAUUUUUGCAAUGGAUCCGGAGGACUUUGAAAAAUUGUUGAAUAAAUGCGAGGUGUGUGUAAUUGAUUUAAAUUACAUACCAGACGAAAAGUUCGAUGCAGUAUCAAAAACACUUGGGUUGGAAAACGAAGAAAGAAAUGUUGAUGAUGAACUUGAACCAAGUGCUAAAAAAGUGAAGAGAGAAAAUGUAUGUGAAGAUAAACAACAAUUAGACGAGUCUGAAGAUUUGGAAACCAUGAUAGCUAAUGGCGAACUGAAAAUAGAAGAAAACCAAAAAUAUGAUGAUGUGAGUGACGAUGACCUUGAUUGAUCUAGAACUAUAAUGAACUUUCAUAGUUGUAGUAAAUUUGAGGUAUCAGUUACAUGGUGAGAACAGGUUGACGUAAUAAACUGCUUAAGUAAAAGGUGCCUCUAAAGCUCCAAUUCAUAUAAAUUGUGCUACGAAAAUGAGCUACAGUAGGUGAUUCUUUUUUAUACCAGUAGAUGUGUUAUUGUUGACCAUGGUGUCCACAAACAACUGUUCAUAUUCAAUAUCAAUUUGGUGCUGUAAACCUCAAUGUAGUAUUAGUAAUGUUGUUUUGUUUUUUAAAUAAUUAGUUGUAAUUGAAUGUAACAUUUAAAUGUAUGUCCAUUUUUAUCUUCUUCAAUAUAUUUGAUUAAACGAACUUAUCUGCUGUUAAACAUAUUUCACAGAAAGCAAUCGAAGUAAUUUAGCCUAGAAUGCAUAUAGGGUUGAAACUCAUUUUAGUAAAUAAAACUGCCGUUUCAAUCUUCAAAAAUCUCGGAAUUCAAGUCAAAGUAUCGAUUAUAUGUACAAUAUUUUACAAACUUUAUUACAUGCAUAUGUAUCGUGCAACUGAUCUUUUAAUUGACAGCGAUGUUGAAUGUCAUAAAAUUGCUUGGUUCUAUA